AGCAGAGGGGAUCACAAAGCCCCUUCCUCAGAUUCCCACCCAGUUCCGUCAACCUCCGCAGCAGCCUCUUGAGGCCGCCCUCAGAAAGCGUCACGAUGGCCGAGGAAAAGGGUGAAAAAACAGUGCCAGAAGAAAUGGCAUUUGAAGAAAUUGAAAGGGAUUUUCAGGAGGUUCUCAAUGAACUUUCAGGAGACAAAAGCCUGGAAAAAUUUAGGAUUGAAUAUGAGAAACUUCACACUGUCAUGAAAAAGUCUUAUGAUAAUGAGAAGCGUCUUAUGGCCAAAUGCAGAGAACUCAAUGCAGAGAUCGUGGUUAAUUCUGCAAAGGUCGCCACUGCCCUGAAGCUUUCUCAGGAUGAUCAGACCACCAUUGCAUCCCUGAAGAAGGAAAUUGAAAAAGCCUGGAAGAUGGUGGAUGCAGCCUACGAUAAAGAGCAGAAGGCAAAGGACACUAUUAUUGCUCUGAAAGAGGAAAUCGUGAACCUAACCAAACUAGUUGAGCAAGGGUCUGGACUGUCAAUGGACCAAGACAGCAAUAUCCGAGAUUUACUAAAGUUCAAAGAAGAAGUAACAAAGGAGCGGGACCAACUCUUGUCAGAAGUGGUGAAAUUACGAGAAUCCUUAGCUCAGAACACAGAGCAACAGUUGGAAACAGAGCGAAACCGAGAAGAGGCAGAGCAGGCCAUCAGUCAGUUCCAACAAGAGAUCCAGCAACGCCAAAAUGAAGCUUCUAGGGAGACUCGGAAGAAGGAGAAACUAGAGAAAGAACUCAAGCAGAUUCAGAUGGACAUGGACUCCAGGCAGACGGAAAUUAAGGCCCUGCAGCAGUACAUGCAGAAGAGCAAGGAGGAGCUGCAGAAGCUGGAACAGCAGCUGAAGGAACAGAAGAUACUGAAUGAGAGAGCUGCAAAGGAACUGGAACAGUUUCAGAUGAGAAAUACUAAACUUCAGCAAGAGAAUGAACAGCACACCUUGGUCUGUGAGCAGCUAGCCCAGGAAAACCAGCAGAAGGCAUUGGAGCUCAAAGCUAGAGAGGAAGAAGUCCAUCAGUUGCGCCUUGACAUUGGGAAGCAGAACAAAAUUAGAGAACAGAUCCAUAAGAAAUUACGGCAGAUUGAAGAUCAAAAGUCAGAGGUAGAGCAGACUAAGGAAACUCUAAAAAACCAGAUUGUGGGAUUAGAGAGAGAGGUGGAAUCUUCAAAGAAACAAGCAGAAUUUGAUAAGAAAGCAAUGGAUGAACUUCUGAGAGAAAGGGACAUUUUAAAUAAGAAUAUGCUUAAAACAGUCCAUGCGACUCAGAAACAGAUAGACUUGGCAAAACUCCAUGAACAAGCCAAGAGGAACCUGGAGGAAGAAAUCCAAAACUACAAGGACGAGGCUCAAAAGCAGAGGAAGAUCAUCUUCCAGCUGGAAAAGGAGCGAGAUCGCUACAUUAACGAAGCCAGUGACCUUACUCAAAAGGUUCUCAUAAACAUGGAGGACAUAAAAGUCCGAGAAAUGCAGAUUUUUGACUAUCGGAAAAAAAUUGCUGAAUCAGAGACUAAACUUAAACAGCAACAGAACCUGUAUGAAGCUGUGAGGUCAGACCGGAAUCUGUAUAGUAAAAAUCUAGUUGAAGCUCAGGAUGAAAUUACAGAAAUGAAAAGAAAAUUGAAGAUUAUGACCCAUCAGGUAGAUCAGUUGAAAGAAGAAAUCUCUGCCAAAGAGUCAGCGCUUGUGAAACUGCAUCUAGAACAGCAGCGGAUAGAGAAGGAGAAAGAAACACUCAAGGCAGAACUGCAGAAGCUGAGGCAACAAGCCCUGGAGACUAAACACUUCAUUGAAAAGCAGGAAGCUGAGGAGAGAAAACUCCUGCGAAUUAUUGCUGAGGCUGAUGGAGAGAGGCUGAGACAGAAGAAGGAGUUAGACCAGGUCAUCAGUGAGAGGGAUAUCCUGGGGUCUCAGCUUGUUCGGCGCAACGAUGAACUAGCUUUGCUCUAUGAGAAGAUUAAGAUCCAGCAAUCAGUGCUGAACAAAGGCGAGAGCCAAUACAACCAGAGGGUGGAGGACAUGAGAAUCCUCAAACUUGAGAUCAAGAAGCUUCGACGAGAAAAGGGGAUUCUUGCCAGGAGUGUGGCCAACGUGGAUGAGCUCAGGCAGGAGCUUUUUCACAUGCAAAGAGAAUUCUUGAAGGAGAGGACACGUUGCAGAGCCCUGGAGGAGGAGCUGGAGAACCCCAUGAACGUGCACAGAUGGAGGAAGCUGGAGGCCAGUGACCCCAGUACCUUUGAGCUGAUACAGAAAAUCCACACCUUGCAGAAGCGGCUCAUCAGCAAGACUGAAGAAGUGGUUGAAAAAGAGCUGCUGCUUCAGGAGAAGGAGAAACUGUAUGUGGAACUAAAGCACAUCCUGGCCCGGCAGCCUGGCCCCGAGGCUGCAGAGCAGCUGCAGAUCUACCGACACACACUGCGGGAGAAGACCAAGCAGCUGAAAGUUUUGUCUUCAGAACUGAAUAUGUAUGAAUCACAGACCCAAGAAUAUAAGUAUGAAAUUGAAAAACUUACCAAUGAACUGUUGAAUUUAAAGAAGAAAUACCUCACUCAGAAACGCAAAGAACAUCUUCAGAGAAACAAGGACAGAAUAACCAUGGAUAAUACUUUCUCAAUGGCCAAACCAUCUGGCCCUCGUUUUACUGGGGGUGGAUUUCCCCUCAACAGAUCAUCCAAUGUGCAGUCCUAACUGAAGCUGCUCCUUGGGUCCACAGUUGAACAACUCACAAAAUUUAUACACUGGAACAUUUUGGAGGACUCUUUCAAAUCCCUUGGAUCACAGAUAUUUUGGGAAUCAGUGCUAAGACUGCAGGGUGGAAAAAAUUCAGAAAUAUUAUAGUUGUGUACAUAUAUAAGAAUGAUGAUGUUCUACUUGGCCCACAUGGAUAUUAACAGACUAUAAUUAUAUCUAUUCAAUUAGGCUGACCCACUGCAUGAAGCAGAUCUUUUGUUGCUUCCACACUAAUUGAUUUAAUAUGUGCCACAUCUAGACAUUCCAUAUGGAUGAAAUUUUGGAUCUCAAUUUUAUCUAUUAUAGACAUUGGUGCACUUGAAGUUUUAUAUUUAAGAAAUUUUUAAGUGCAGUCAAUUCUUGUUAAUAAGAACCUACUUUAAUUAUUUCUCAUUGACAUGUCAUUGCAUAAAAUGAAAGAGGACAAACUCAAGUAUUUAAAUUUUUUUUCAGAAAGAUUUCUGUGUGGGAUUUCUUUUUAGGCCUGAGGUAUGAAAUCUAUUACAAAGAGGCAUG